AUGGCACAGAUGUACGUGGUGAAGCGUGAUGGACAGAAGCAGGAGGUGAAGUUUGAUGCAAUCACGCGGCGCAUCCGACGGCUUACUGAUGGCCUGGACACACGCUUUGUCGACCCGGUUGUUGUCACGAGGAAGGUGGUAGAAGGCUUCUACAGCGGGAUUUCCACUUCCGAAGUGGACGUCUUGGCUGCCGAGACCUGCGCGUACAUGUCUCAGAAGCAUCCUGACUUCUCUGUACUGGCAGCUCGCAUCGCUGUGUCGAACCUUCACAAGAACACGUCGGAGUCCUUCUAUGAGACCUGCCGCCUCCUCCAUGGCUACGUCGAUCCUCAAGGGCGAUCAGCCUCGCUGAUUUCACAGGAGGUUUGGGAGUUCAUUGAGGCCAACGCGCAGCGCUUAGAUGAGGGCAUUGACUACAGCCGUGAUUUGGGCUACGACUACUUUGGCUUCAAGACGUUGGAGAAGUCUUACUUGCUAAAGGUGAACGGUAUAAUUGUCGAGCGGCCGCAGCACCUGCUCAUGCGUGCAGCCUGCGGCAUCCACGCGGGUGACCUGGAGGCUGUGUUGGAGACCUACGACCUCAUGUCCAGGAAGUACUUCACGCAUGCCAGCCCGACCCUCUUCAAUGCGGGCACGCCGAACCCGCAGAUGUCUUCCUGCUUCCUCUUGAAGAUGCAGGAGGACAGCAUCGACGGCAUCUAUGACACAUUGAAGAAGUGCGCUCUCAUCUCCAAGUCCGCCGGCGGCAUCGGAGUUGCGAUCUCCAACGUCCGAGCUAGUGGCUCCUACAUUCGAGGAACCAACGGCUACAGCAACGGCCUUGUCCCGCUGCUCAAGAACUUCAACGAGACUGCUCGUUACGUAGACCAGGGCGGAGGCAAGCGAAAAGGCUCCUUCGCCAUGUAUUUGGAGCCCUGGCACGCUGACGUCCUCGAAUUCCUCGAGCUUCGGAAGAACCACGGGAAGGAGGAGCAGCGUGCCCGUGACCUGUUCUACGGCCUCUGGAUUCCGGACCUCUUUAUGCAGCGCGUGAAGGACAACGCGGACUGGACGCUCUUCUGUCCCAAUGAGGCUUUCGAUAGGGAGACCGGCAAGGGCCUUAUGGAUGUCUGGGGAGACGAGUUCGAGGCCAUGUACACCCGCUUCGAAGCCGAAGGAUUGGGCCGAAAGACACUUAAGGCCCAGCACUUGUGGUUCCGCAUCCUGGAAUCGCAGAUGGAGACGGGCACACCAUACAUGCUCUACAAGGAUCAGGCGAACAGAAAGUCGAACCAGCAGAACCUUGGCACCAUCCAUUGCUCAAACCUCUGCACUGAGAUCAUCGAGUACACCGCCGCAGACGAGGUCGCGGUCUGCAACUUGGCGUCGAUCUCUUUGCCAGCCUUUGUGGCUGAUGGAGGUUCCGGCUACGACUUCCAGCAGCUUUACGAGGUGACAAAAGUUGUGACCCGGAACCUCAACAAGGUCAUCGACAGGAACUACUACCCGGUGCCGGAGGCUCGCAAGUCCAACUUCCGACAUCGGCCGGUGGGCCUGGGUGUGCAGGGCCUUGCCGAUGCCUUCCUCAUGAUGAAGCUGCCGUUCGAAAGCGAUGAGGCCAGAAGAUUGAAUGAGGACAUCUUUGAGACGAUUUACUUCGCUGCCUGCGAGGCCUCCUGCGAGUUGGCAGAGCUCUCCGGGCCUUACGAGACCUACCCAGGAAGCCCGGCGAGUGAAGGACGUCUCCAGUUCGAUCUUUGGUCAAAGACACCCCGCAGCGGUCGUUGGAACUGGGAUGUGCUGAAGGCAAAGAUUGCACAGCAUGGGCUUCGGAACUCCCUGUUGGUUGCGCCCAUGCCAACGGCGUCCACGGCUCAGAUCUUAGGGAACAAUGAGUCGUUUGAGCCCUACACCCAGAAUCUCUAUGUCCGUCGCGUUCUCUCGGGCGAGUUCGUCCAGGUGAACCGACACUUGCUGAAGGAUCUCAUUGAGCGAGGUCUUUGGGACGAGGACCUCCGGGUACAGCUCGUUGCCCAGAACGGGAGUGUGCAAAGACUUCCACUGCCGGCAGACAUCAAGGAGCUGUACAAGACCGUGUGGGAGAUCAAGCAGCGGAGAGUGCUCGACAUGGCAGCCGACCGUGGAGCCUACAUCGAUCAGUCCCAAUCCUUGAACAUUCACAUGGUGGACGUGACCACCGCAAAGCUGUCCUCUAUGCACUUCCACGGAUGGCACCUUGGGUUAAAGACAGGACUGUAUUAUCUGCGAACCAAAGCCGCGGCGGAUGCGAUCAAAUUCACGGUCGAUGUGAGCCAGAUGAAGAAAUCCGUCGCCACCGACUCAGACACAUCCACGGCCCCAUCGCCGCCCAAGGAUACCGAG